AAUUUGCGAAGAAAGAAGCAGAAAAAUUGUGCGUCCCUGAAUCUGAAGCCACCGCAAGCCCCGAAUGGUAUCACCGCUGUUACGAACUGACUCACUAUCACUAACCCAACCUUCGCUAAUUACACAAACACCAAUUUAACACCCAAAUCAAAUUCUCAAUUAUUACCCGCCAAAACAACCACCCACCAAUUUUAUCUUCCCCUUUCUCAAUUCUCUUCUCUUCUCUCUUUUUGUUUAAUUUAAUUUUAUUUUAUUUUUCAAAUCUCUUCUCUUUUCUUCUUCUCCCUCUCUUUCUUUCUUUCUCUCUUUAGGGUUUUCUAAUUACACCCUCUCUCUCCCUCCAACGACGUCGUUCCCCGCAUGGAAACGACGUCGCACGCGGACCUCCACCAACCACCGCUCACUCCUGCCUCCAAUCUCCCCGUCGAGAACGGCGGACCUCGGGAAUCACACCAUGACGAUGACCGCUGCGCCAAGAAGCCUAAGCUAUGCGGGCGGGUCGGAAACCUACCGACGUGGAGGUGGAGCUUAUGAGGGAGGCUCGGAGCAAGCUCGCCGAACUCUGCGUAGGGCUCGCGCCGAAGGAUAUCGUUGGGAGGGAAGCGAUUGGGACGGUGAUUGAGGAUCUUGGAUUGAACGGCAGGGUUAGGGAUCAGAGGUUAGGGUUUCGAACUCCAAAGAUGUCAAUUGCUGAGAGGUAUACGCAUGCUAAGUGGAAGAUGGAAGAAGCAAAGAGGUAUGCUGCACCUUCUACAACGUACACAUCUCAGCCUGUGCAACCAAGUACCAGUGUAACAGCUGACAACCGUGUGGCUCCACAUGGUGUUCGUGUGUUUGCACCUGAUAAUUCAAGCCACAUAGCGAUCCCUUCUUCGGCAACAACGGUGUCUAUUCCUUCUCAUGUUUCUGCAGGAUCGUCUUCUACGUCGCAAUAUCAGUCGACUAGCAAUGAAGUAAGACCACCUAUGGUUUCUGGUGCAAUACCUAGCACUCAUCUCGGGAGAAAUUCAUCUCCGAUGGUAGUGCCUAAACUUGAAAACCCACAGGUCAGAGCUGAUGGAGGAUCAAAUGGAUCUUCUUAUGUGCUUAGUAUACCAGCAAAUUCAUCAGCAAACCAACCUUUGGCAAAUGCUCCACCAUGGUCAAUACAGACUCAAUCUGCGUCGUUAGCUAGAACAGCAUUGGAAAACAAGGUGCCUGCUCAUAACACUGUCAAGGUACAAGGAACAAGUGAUGUAGCUGCUUCAAGGGCAGGUUCACAAAUAACAGCAGAUCAGAGCUUUAGGCCAUUUAUUACUCAAACAGCACCUGUAAACUUGUCUACUAUGCAACAGUCUUUCCAGGGUAUGAACGUUGCUCAGCCUCCUUCAAUUCCUACUCAUGCUGAAAUUGCAAAGAUUGUCCAGAAAUUGUUACAACCAAAGCUUCCUGAGCAUCCGACAUGGACUCCUCCAUCAAGGGAUUAUAUGAAUAAGGCUUUGACUUGUCAGGUGUGUGAACUCACUGUCAAUGAGGUUGAUACUGUGCUUCUCUGUGAUGCUUGUGAAAAGGGAUAUCACUUGAAGUGUUUGCAGCCCUCGGUUUUAAGAGGAAUUCAUAAUAGAGUGGAUUGGCAUUGCAUGAGGUGUUUGAAUUUAAGCGGUGGAAAGCCUAUACCUCCAAAAUAUGGUCGUGUCAUGAGAUCAUCAAACACACCACCGAAAUUGCCCACUACGGUUGGAGUUCAGCAACCUUCUGAGAAGAAAACAGGGAGCUUAGAUCCAAAGGUCAGCCAGCAGAAUUUAACAACAAAUGGGAGCACUGUUCCAAUAGUUGCUACCAGCAAUGUCAAAGUUGAGUCGCCAUCUGAUUCAAAGACUCCUGGUACAAAGGAUAUACAUGGUACCGGAUCAUCCAACACGGAACAUAUUGAUCAGAAGCCUGACCCAAACAUCUCUAUGAAAUCCCUUAAUGCAGCUUCUGUUCCUUCCGUUGACUUUCCUGGUGAAAGUUCUGCUCAACAAAUUAAUCCUGAGCCUUCAACCUGUAAAGAGAGUUCAACCUCUAAAGAGUGUUUCGAUUCCAAGACCCUUCCUAAAUUAUCUGAGCCAGGUGAAUGUGACAAUUUGCAAUCAUCACAAGACUUUCAAGCUGAGCAGAAAGUGUCACAGGGCAAUGCUGUAGUAUUAUCGGAUAAAAAAGUUGACAGUAGUUUAAUGAGUAAUGAACAAAAGGAAUCACAAUCAGGAGAAAGCUCAACUUAUGAUACCAAGCGAGAUGGCCAAGAUGUUGCACUAGCAAACUUUGAUGGGAGUUCUGGAACUAAUGCUGAAGUUAGACAACACUGUGCGUUAUCUUCAGAUAGCUCGCAAGCUGUAGAAUGGAUUGGUGAUGUUAUACACAUUGUUGAUGAGAAAAAGUUUUACAAAUCUUGCUGUGUUGAUGGAGUAACCUAUAGGCUUCAUAGUCAUGCUCUUCUCCCAUCUGGCCAUGGCAAAUUAGCACCUUCUAAACUUCAGUCUAUGUGGGAAGACUGCAAAACUGGGUUAAAGUGGGUUAAGGUGACGAAAUGCUACUUUCCUGGUGAUUUGCCUGGGAACAUUGGUCAUCCGUGUAUAUCCGAAGUUAACGAGGUUUAUGAAUCUAAUAGUGAAAGAACUGAAAAGGCUAGCUCUAUUCGAGGUCCAUGUGAAGUCCUUCCAUCUGAUAAAUUUAAUCAAGAAAACGACAGACGAAAUCAGUUAGGAAUUGAGGCAAAUGCUAGAAUCCAGCCACUUUUUGUUUGCAGGUGGUUUUAUGAUGAAAUCAAAAAGUUAUUUCAGCCUGUUACCAGUUGAUCUUGUGUUGAAAACAUGAUAAUAUGACUCCCCUUAGUCAUGCAAUUUUAUGGUGAGAUGCAUGUUAGACCCGCUAUUCGAUGUACAUGGCGACGCGCCUGAUCCCCCAUGCAAUAAUCUCUCGUUGGCACAUUCGAGCAUGAAUUCCAUGUGAUGUAAAAACUUUAGCCGAAGAUAUGAAUGUUAGCUUAGACUUUAGUUGCAUUAGUUCUUUCUUUUUGAUCUGUGCCUUUAGUUCUGUUUUUGAGCAAUUCAUUCUGUAUCAUUCUUUUUGGGUAUGCAGGUGUUUAUUUAGGUCCACUAAUCACUGUUUACCUUUUUAAUUAGAUUAUAGCGUAGUCCCCUGCUUAGUAUGCUGGAAUUGUAUUAUAUACCGUUUGUAAAAAAGAAUAGCCAUUUCUUCUGAUAGACAUAACCUUUGAAUUUGUUCUGGAAAAACCAAUUGAAUUCAGUAGCCAGAAAAUAAUAAUUAUUUUGUAGAA